AUGUCUAGUCUUUCAGACAAGAGUAAAAGUUCGCUUGAGAAUGGAGGUGAUGCUUUAUUUGAAGAUAAACCCUUAGUUAACGAAAAAGAGGGUGUUGAAACCCCAGUAGAUCCUGAUAGUGGAUUUGACGAUGGUGAAACUUAUAGUUUCAUUGGUAUGAGAGGUAAGAAACUUCAUAGAACCGUAGGAUUAAUGGCUUCUAUUGGUUUCUUAUUGUUCGGUUAUGAUCAAGGGGUCAUGGGAUCUUUAUUGACCUUGGGUGAUUUCAGAGAAACUUUCCCUGAGAUCGAUACCAUCAAAGAUGGUUCUAAUUCUACUUUACAAGGUCUUACUAUUGGUAUUUACGAAAUCGGUUGUAUGGCUUCAGCUUUAAGUACCAUUUGGCUUGGUGAUAGAUUAGGAAGAUUGAAAUUACUUUAUAUUGGAUGUAUUAUUAUUUGUAUUGGGGGUGCUCUACAAAGUUGUGCUUUCCAUUUAGCCCAUUUAAUUGUUGCUAGAGUUGUUACUGGGAUUGGUAAUGGGUUUAUUACUUCAACCGUUCCAGUUUGGCAAUCAGAAAUUUCCAAAGCUGAAGAUAGAGGUAAAAUUAUUUGUUUACAAGGGGCUUUGAUUGCUGGUGGUAUUGCCAUUUCAUAUUGGGUGGAUUUUGCCUUUUAUUUCACUAGAAAUUUAACUCCUCAUGAAUCAGUUUCUUGGAGAUUCCCUAUUGCUUUCCAAUGUAUCUUCCCACUUUUCAUUAUUCCUUUCAUUUUGAAAUUACCUGAAUCUCCUCGUUGGUUAAUGAGAAAAGGAAGAGAACAUGAAGCUAGAAAAGUGUUUAGUGCUUUAGAUGAUUCUCCAGCUAAUUCUCAUCUUGUUAAUGAACAAGUUUCCGAAAUUCAAAAAGCUAUCAAGAUGGAAGAAAAUGCCACUGGUGGUGUUUUCGACUGGAGAAUUUUAUUCACUCAAGGUCCAAAACGUCAUUUCCAUAGAUUAUGUUUAUCAGGAUGGGCUCAAUUGAUUCAACAAAUUUGUGGUAUUAAUUUGAUUACUUAUUAUGCUGGUACGAUUUUUGAACAAUAUAUUGGAUUAGAACCUUUAGAUUCGAGAAUCUUAGCUGCUUGUAAUGGUACAGAAUAUUUCUUAGCUGGUUUAGUACCACUUUUCUUCAUUGAAAAAUGGGGUAGAAGACCUUUAUUAUUAGUGGGAUCUAUUGGUCAAUGUGUUUCCAUGGUAGUAUUAUGUAUUGCUAAUUAUUAUUCAGAUGAUGCUUAUGGUGGUAAACACACCGGUGCUCCAAUUGUUGCUGCCAUUUUCCUUUUUGUUUUCAAUACUUUCUUUGCUUUAGCUUUCUUAGCUGAAAUGUGGUUAUUACCACCAGAAUUAAGUUCCUUGGAAAUCAGAGCUCCCUCUGCUGCCAUCUCCACCGCCUGUAAUUGGAUCAGUAAUUUCGUUAUCGUUAUGAUUACCCCUAUUUUAUUCAAUGCUAUUGGUCCUUUCACCUAUGCAUUGUUUGCUGCCAUCAAUUUCCUUAUUAUCCCAGUCCUUUACAUUUUCUACCCAGAAACUAAAGGAAGAAGUUUGGAAGAAAUGGAUUUGAUUUUCAAUAAAACCCCAAUCAACGCUCCUUGGAAAGUUGUUGGAAUUGCAGCCCGUAUGCCUUAUAUGCAUGCGGGAAUUGGUGAUAGACCAAUUGCUGAAAUGAUGGAUGAAGCUGAUCCAAAACCUUCUGUUUCUCAUCAUGAUCAUGCUUAA